AUGAAGGGUGUACAAGAUCAGAUUUCUCAGCUGGAGAAAACAAACAAGGCACAAGGCCAACGACCACAGCAAGGAGAAAGAAAAUCUGGAGAUGCACUAGAUGCUGGCUAUGUUGAGCCCAAGCCACCAGAUCCUUCAUGGAUCACCAAACACCAAACUUCUUAUACUCAUGAAUACUCAAAUUAUUCUUAUCAUGAUUAUAACUCUGCUGAUGAUGUUAAUAUUUAUUCUUUUUCAGGAAGCAGUUGGUCCAGUGAGUAUCUAACAUGGGAAAGAAUCAUGGAUGAUUGGUUUAUAUACUAUGGCGUGCCAAAGAAGGAAAGGCUAGCUCAUGCCAUCAAGCAACUUUCCGGAAAAGCUUACUCAUGGUGGAAAAGAGUAGAUAAGACACAUAGUAAAAUUCCAGAAGAGGUUGUCACCAACUGGGAAGAUCUUAAAGAUGUUAUGAUCAGGAAGUAUGUGACUACACUUCCCACGCAAGAAACCAGAAGAAAAUACCCAAGGAGAUUUUCAAAUGGUGUGUCCAAAGAGGCAAAGAAAGUUGUGCCACAACAAGGCCAUAGAAGCUUGAUCUAUCAAGACAAGAUUCGGCCAAGACAGAUGCCCACGGUUUUAUAUGAUCAAUACCAACCUUAUGAGGUCUCAAAGGCAAUGGAGAAGAAAAACCUUGUCAGCCAAGACACGUUGGCCAGGUACAAAGAAAAAUCAGACAAACCGAUUUUUCAAGAUAAGGCCAAGGAUGUUAAGACAGGUCCUGAGGUCCAGAAAGACACGAUCACCCAAUCCUUGUUGAGAUCAAAAGUUGUCCAUGAUUUAAGUCCAAGAGAGAAGGAGAUUUUAAACCCAAAUAAAGAAGAGCCAUGCAGCCAAGGACUUAAGGAGCAUGAAUUUAAAGAAGAAGAACCACCAGGCGUGACUCUUGUGAUGGACCAGAAGAUUGUUCAAGAGACAAUGCAGUCCAUAUUGUUUAAAGAAGCAAAACCAAAACAAUACCAAGAACGUUAG